GCUUUGUUUAUCUUCGGCUCUUCCGCAAAUGGGAAGACGCCAUUUCACGCAUGCGCAGUCUGCGCCGCCACCAGCUUCGUCGGCUGCUACAGGCUAGCUGCUACAUGCUAACUAGCGAGUGUUUCCUGCUCGGGAUUGGACACAGCUAUGGAUAUCGACGCCUUUUUGGAUGCGCUUCAAGAUUUCGAGAAGACAGGGAAGAAAGAGACUUGUCCUGAACUCGAGCAGUUCCUCUGUCAUGUUGCCAAGACAGGACAACCAAUGAUUCCAUGGUCACAGUUCAAAACAUAUUUUAUGUUUAAGUUAGAAAAAGUCAUGGAUGACUUUCAUGCUUCGACACCAGAACAGAGAGGACUGCAUAAUCCCAAUGUGGAGAAUAUUCCCUUUGACGAAAUGAAGAAAAGGAUCUUAAAGAUUGUGGAUGGUUACAAUGGAAUUCCAUUUACCAUUCAGCGCCUGUGUGAACUCCUUACGGACCCCAAGCGAAAUUAUGCAGGUACAGACAAGUUUCUCAGAGGUUUGGAAAAGAAUGUAAUGGUGGUCAGCUCGGUGUACCACACAUCAGAGAAAAAUGGAGCCUCCAGUGUAAACAGAGUGAAUGGAGUGAUGUUUCCCGGUAACUCUUCUUUAUAUUCAGACAGUCGAAAUGUGAAUGGACCUACCCCACCCAAAAUGCUCACCAGACCAAAGCUGUUGAUGUCAACUUCACUGUCCACAAAUGGGCUCCCUGACUGUCCAGCCAGUAAGGAGCCAGUAUCAACCACUGAGGAGGAAGAGGAGCACCCUAUGAGUGAAACUGCACCAUCAGAUGAGGAGAUAACACCGAUAUGUGGGAUAAAGCACAAAACUCCACUGGAAAAAGAGGAUUCCGAAGGUGACAAACAAGAGGCAAAGAGGCUCAAGUUUGAUGAAGAGGAGAAAACAGAAUGUGAAGAAAAGAACUCAUCCUGUCAUGAAAGAGCAGAGAGCUCGUCAAAGUCACCAAAAGAAGACUCCUCAGAAGACUCUGGUAGUCACGACUGCAAACCUGGCUCUUCCGGUGACACGCCUAGCGUAUCAGAUGAUCAUGAGCCGAGCAGCACACAAAGAGAACCAUCUGAGAGUGAGGGAGACUCGUCGGAGGCGGUGGCGGCCCACACUGUUGAGAGAGGCUGCGCUGUGGACCAAUCAGAGGAAUCGCCUCCAGCACAGGAAGAUGCAAGCUCUGAGAAGGACAGUGGAGAGGACAACGACGACAACAACAACAGCAGCAGCAGUAGUCAUGGAGGAGGCUUAACCAGCGACAAGGUGUCGUCCUCCAGUAGUUCACCUGACUUGUCAACAGAGGGCGCUGCUGAGACCUCAGACAACACAGACACUGCAACAGAGCCCGGCGAACACAACUAACUUGAAGGCCACCAUGCCAACUGAAUUUUUUUAAUUUUUUUUUUUUUUUUAUAUAUACACUGUAUGAUACCACAGCAAGGGUAUAUCUGUAGCACUGAGGACCUUUUAGGGUUCAGGACCAAGAACGAUGUGUACCUCGAGACUCCUUACAGAAGGAUCUUUUUGUCCUCGUCAGUUUCAACUGCUCGUGGCCACUCGUCACCAGGUCUUUAAACUGGAAGGUGAUUUAAGUGAGAUCAUGGAGACUGCCUUUUUUCACUGUUGACUAAAGAAAUUUCUAACCCUUUGUGUUCUUGAUUUUUAUAUCUGAACAUUAUAAUUUAAUCUUGAUAAGUUAUCUCGUCAUGUCAUCUUCAUUUGGCAUUUAUUUCCAAAGAGAUCAAUUCAACAGAUGUGUGUUUUAACUGAAGCACAAAAGUUUUAACUAUCUUUCAGAUGAAUGUGUCUCUUGGUAAUCUUUCAUUGAAAAUGUGAAGCGAAACUCCACACACACUUCAGUUUGUGUUUUCUGGAAAGCACAUGCCAUAAAAUAAAUUUCACAUUAUCUUGA